AUGUCUUCGAGGGUUUCCAACUACUCAGAGAGGCGCACAAAUGGCACUAGCGACAAUGAUAGCAACCCGCGACCCCGCGCAAGUGCUCAUACCUCAAGAGCUUCUCAAUCUCAACACGAUCAACGAAGCACUCGUUCUCCCCAGACCGCUAAUAUCAAUCCCGCUCAUAAACGUAGCGCCUCAGGCAAUCCGCGACCAGCCAGUAGGACUGCCGAAGAACGAAGGACCGAGCGCACGACAGUGACUACGAAAGAAAAGCUAAUCUCGAGGACGAGGAGUCCCGAUAGACGGUCUAGGGAUGCGCCUCCACCAGAAAAACGGAAGUCAAAGGAGGUGCCCAAGCCGCGCCAGUCAGACACGAAGUCUAGAGAUUCAAAGCCUGAUGCGCCGCCUACAUCAUGGGAACCCGUAGCUAACUUAACGCCGCAUACAUCUGCACCCCUUGCGAUACGUGUGUCUAUACCCCCUUCGGCGUCAGAAGCGCCACUCUCUCUGCAACCGCAGCCUCUACACGAACUAUCCUUAGAAGCCCAAGAGGCCGCUAUAAUCGAGGAUUUGUUAUUUGUUUUCAUGGGCUAUGAGGGGCAAUACAUUCGCUAUGCUUAUUCAUACGACCCCAAUGAGGAGAGGGACCGACUGGCCGGACCUGAAUUUAAGAUACUUCCCGGUCUUGAUCCCAGUCUUCAAGACCUAACUCUAUCAAUGCUCAAAAUGGCUACUUACUACUCCGCCCUUGAGACAUUUGUCGACGUGCAGAGCAGGGAAGAAUUUGGGGCUGUCAAUCAUGCCCUAUGUGCCGCAAUCAGGAAGUCCUUACACGACUAUCUGAUAAUGGUUGCGCAGCUGGAAACCCAGUUCUUGACCAACGAUACUUUCACCUUACAUCUCCUCAACGUCCAUACACUCCCUACGAGUCAGAUGAUGUUCCAGCUCUAUUCACUAGCUCACGAAUUUCUCAAGAGGAACGCGCUUUUGGAUGACGAGAGUUCGGAGGACUCAGAUCCCGACGAUAUUGAAAAUAUCCUAGAAAAUUUGAAGCGGGGCGGCGAACUUGUACCGGGAAAUAUGACCGGAAAGAAGGUUUGUAAGGGCGGCGUGGUUAUAGGUCUAAUUACUAAGAGAUUGGAAACCAUGUCUGGAGACCCUGCUGCCAGAUCAUUACUCACAUCCUUGCUACGCGAUGCUAGCCGGCCGUACAUGGCGAUGUUAAACGAGUGGUUACAUCAUGGCGAAAUCAGAGACCCGCAUUCCGAAUUCCUUAUUAAGGAGCAAAAGAGUAUUAGACGCGACAGGUUAGAGCAAGACUAUACCGACGAUUACUGGGAAAGACGAUAUACCGUCCGAGAGCAUGACAUACCUCCACAGUUAGUAGCCGUCAAGGAAAAGGUCCUGUUGGCAGGGAAGUAUCUCAACGUUGUGCGGGAAUGUGGCGGCGUCGACGUUAGUAAAGUCGCCCAAGAUGUUCCCAAGUCCUUCGACGAUCCGCACUUCCUCGAUAAUGUCAAUAAUGCUUAUGCUCAUGCGAAUGAAUCGCUUAUGAAGUUGCUCCUGACUACUCAUGCUCUUCCCGCUAGGUUGCAGUCACUGAAGCAUUACUUCUUCCUCGACCCGUCAGAUUAUUUUACCUAUUUUAUGGAGCUCAGCGCAUCAGAGCUGCGAAAGCCGGUCAAGUCCGUCAAUGUCGUCAAGCUGCAGUCUCUCCUCGAUCUUGUUCUACGGCAGCCAGGAAGUAUUGUGUCUAUGGACCCAUUUAAAGAAGAUGUACAUGUCGAGGUGAACGAGGUCGGCCUAAUAAAGAUGUUGCAACGCGUCGUAAAUAUCACAGGUAUUGAGCAAGGGGAGGCACUACAGCCUCUAAGCAACCAGCCUAUCGAAAACGAUAAAAAUGCAGUCGGCUUCACCUCGCUGCAGCUCGACUACACGGUACCGUUUCCUGUAUCGUUAGUCAUUAGUCGGAAGACAGUAUGGCGUUACCAAGCGCUAUUCCGUUAUCUUCUCUCGUUGAGAUAUCUGGAGUCACAGCUAGCAACUACAUGGCAAACGCACAAUACAGGGGUUGUUUGGUGCCACAAGUCUUCCAUAAGACGUAUUGAAAUUUGGAAGAGGCGAGUGUGGACCUUGAGGGCUCGAAUGGUGGUUUUUGUCCAGCAGCUACUCUAUUUUUGCACUCUAGAGGUCAUUGAGCCCAAUUGGCAAUCUCUGAUGUCAAGACUCAAAGCCAAGGAUGGAAGUUUAGAUGGGUCUGGCAAACCAGACCGGACCGUGGAUGAAUUGAUGCAGGAUCAUGUGGAUUUCUUGGACACUUGCCUAAAGGGUUGCAUGCUAACCAACGGCAAGUUAAUUCGAAUCCAUUCGAAACUAAUGCAGACCUGCACCGUAUUCGCCGCUCAUAUGAAUUGGCUGUCGCGCGAGCUUGAAAAGUCUGAUCCGGAUUUAAUCGGCCCUAUAAAACCACCCAAUAUGACUGACAAGGAGUGGAAACGAUUCCAGGCUAUAAAGUCUCAGAAGUCGCAUAGCGAUAGCGGGUCAAACAGCCAUCUCCAGGAUGAGGAGACCCGGGUCAACAACCUAUUUGAGAUCAUCAGAAACUGGGAAAAGAACUUCAGUCGGCAUUUGCAAAUCCUGCUAGACGCCCUAAACCAUUACGCGGCUACAGAAACAGUGGUUCUACUGAGCUUGUGCGCGAGACUAGCAACUGCUAACCAAGGAACUGAUUUCUCGGGUCCUCGUAACGAGGAGGAUGCCGCCGCAUAA